CAGUUUUAAUAAUAGCAGUUUGGUAACUAUCCCAUUACCCCUCUUCUUCCUGACCUAAUUAGCGAGCAGUCGCAGCCUCCCUCUUGCUUGACAAAUCCAUCGCCUCUCCAAUCAGAAUCAGCAGAUAAGACAAGCUCUCCCGGCUCCUCCAUGCUUCUGUUCCUCACUUCUACAAGCUAUGUGACACUUCUCUUCCAACCAACAAGCUUAUGAACCGCCGCAUCCAUCGCAUCUUCCGAAGCCGUUAUAACCAGAGGUUGUGGUAUGCUUUUAUAAACUUGCGCUAUAGUGAGGUUGUGGUUCUCAUUUCUAAUGUAUGUUGUUUUUUUUUUUGUGGUGUGGUUUCUUAUGUUUAUGGUAUAGAUUUUGUGGUUACACCAAUUAAUGCACCACUCCUUCGUGUAAUGCAUAAGACACGCUCAUGCCCUCCCCCUGCCUCAAUUUUUCAUAAUACCAAAUGUCCCUCUCUGCCCUUCCCCGUCAUUAAUUGUGUAUUCAACUCAUUUAAAUUAUAGAAAAAUGUUAAUACGCUAGCUCUUCCCUUAGGUUGGAACCCAAACCGAAAUAAAUAUUAAUCUUUCACCUUUCAUAUUCGCCGUUAAUAAAAUUCAAAGAUAAAAGUAGUAGCAUACAAUUAGACUUAGGUACCAAUAAAAAAUUUAUUCUUUAUGUCAAUCUACAAAAAAAUAUAUGGUAGUAGUAACUGCGAAAGUGAAUAUAUGAUGAUCAUUGAUCAACAUGAUAAAGGAAAAAGGAUGAAAAAUAUGACUAUGGGCCGAGGACCGCUAGCGGAUCCAUUGGACCUGGCACGGAAUCCAGUCGCGCAGUCAAAUUACUUUUCAAAUCUCUAACGAAACUUCAAUGGACCAUAUCUCAUUAGUUUUUCAUAAGGAUUUGAAAAAAUUGGGUAAAAAAAAACGGAUUUUUUGUUGUCCAUAAUAUGAUAUCCGUUUUGACAUUUUUUUGAAAGAAAUUUUUUACAUCAUCUCACCACUCUCAUAUCAUGAUGUUACCAUAGUGGCAACACCAUAGUGUAGUCAGUCUAACCAUAGUGGAAAGACAAUGAUAAGAUUACAAUAAGCAUGUAUUUUUUAAGAACAAAUUUUUUUUCUCUCAAAAUAUUUAAGUUCGAAUUCGGUUUGAGCUAUGGAGUAAUUCUGGGACCCAGUAUGCUCCGAUCCAUUUCGGUUCGGUUGAAACCGAACCAAACCGAUGUCCCCCUAGUCAGUAGAAUCUUAACAAAGAAUCAUUGAAAUGAUUAUUUCUAAAAUCGAAACGGACGAUCAAAACGAUCAUUAACCAGUUCGAGGAUUCUUCCAGAAAAAUUCUCUUAGUCCAGCGCAGUUGUUUGAACAAGAUAGAAAAUUCAAUGACAAAAUCCAUAGUAAACCAUUAAAAUAAUAAGAACCCACAACCAUGGAACACAGAAGUUUAAUGGAUUAGAAACAUCCCUCCAACAAUUCCACCACCACCACCAUUUCCCACCAAUUGUUCUUUUUUUCCCCAUCCUCUUCUCCCUCCCCUGUUUCCCCCUAUAUACAUUACCACCAAACCCCAAUUAAUUAAUCAAACCACAUAGCAAUAAUCGCCAUUAGUUAACAUCGAUCGUCGACGUUGACCCAUCAUCAAUCUCUCUCUCCAUCUCUAGACUUCCCAUCCCACAAAGCACCAUCGUCACCAACAACAACAACAACCCUCUGUUUUUCUUCCACCAAAAAUCCUCUGUUUUUCCUCUGUCUUUCUGCCGUCGCCAUGGACAGGGAGCAAGAAGAGAUGCAGUUCCUGGGGAUGUUCGGAGUGUACAAGGAAUCCUACAAGAUCAUCAUCGCGUGGCGCAGAAUCUUCUCCCAGAUCACCCUCUCUUUGAUCCUUCCCCUGGCUCUCGUCUUCUUGGCCGAGAAAGAAUUCUCCAACCUCCUCCUCUCCAACAUAAUCCGGUCGGAAAUCCAGCUGGACAUGACCCCGGCCGGCGCCAACUCGCGGCGGUCGAAGAUCGACGGCGUGCUCACCUCCGAGUGGACCUACUUCUGGUUGCUGAAGGCGGCUUACUUCACUUUUCUUCUCGUCUUCUCGCUGCUCUCCACCGCCGCCGUCGUCUUCACCGUCGCCUCGCUGUACACCUCCCGCCGCGACCUCUCCUUCCGAAAGGUGAUAACCGUGGUGGUCCCAAAAGUGUGGAAGCGCCUGAUCCUAACCUUCCUCUGCUACUUCCUCUUCAUCUUCGCCUACAACUUCGUCGCCUUCCUCCUCUUCGUCGUCACCGUCGUCACCCUCGCCACCGCUCCCGUCGGCGACUACGUCUUCCCGAUCCUCCUCGUCCUCUACUUCGCCGGCUUCCUCUACGCCACCGUCGUCUGGCAGCUCGCCAGCGUGAUCUCCGUCCUCGAAGAGGACGCCCGCGGCUUCCGCGCCAUGUCGAAAAGCCGCGCCCUCAUGAAGGGCAAGACGUGGCUCGCCGUCCUCAUCUUCUUCAAGCUCAACUUCACGUUCGGCGCGAUUCAGGUCAUGUUCGACCGGUUCGUGGUCCACCAUCGGUCGAACCUCGGUCCGACCGGUCGGGCCGCGGUGGGUGUUGUUUCGCUGUUGUUGCUGUUGAAGGUGUUCUUGUUCGGGUUGGUGGUUCAGACCGUUUUGUACUUCGUGUGCAAGUCGUAUCACCACGAGAAUAUUGACAAGUCGGUGCUUUCGGAGCAUUUGGAAGGGUAUCUCGGGGAUUACGUGCCGUUGAAGUCGAAAGAUGUUCAGAUGGAACAGUAUCUUGAGGAGGACGUGGAUGUUGAUGGGCAUGGGCAUGUUUGACUGGGCUGACCGAGUUUAGGGUUUGGUUUGGUUUGCUUGAUUAAUAAUUUGAUUACACAAUGAGAUUAAUUUAAUUAUCUAUAUUUACACACACAGCUAAAUAUGUUCGUAUAUAUAUCAGUGAAAAGGGUUAACAACAUUGAUAAAAUAAUCAUAUGAACCUUCCAAAAAUGAAUUUGUUGCUUUAAAUUACAAGUUUGUGGUGGUAAAUUACAAGUUAUGGAUGGAUUUGUUCAUUUGUGUGUGACCGAUGGAUCUCUUGAGGGAUUGGACGAAGAUUAGAUGAUGAAUUAGGUCGUUUUCAUUGUGUUGUGUUGGAAAUAACGUGUUGGCGAAGUCGCCUGGGAAUUAAUUAAUCUAGCAGUUUAUCAUAAUUUAAAUAGAAAAUUACAGAAUAUACCUUUAUUUAAAUAUACUUAUUUUUAUUAU